GUGUGCUGCUGACUGCCUGCCAGCGCGCAUUUUUCUGUACAUCAACGAUUCUAGGAAGGAAGCUUUUUGGAAAGAUGACAGAUUCAGAAUCUGUUUUUAAGGGAGUGGACCUCCACCCUAAGAACAACAACUUCCUCCACCACACCAGUGAGAUCUCUGUGGAUCAGCUGAUCGUGAGGCGAGGUCAGCCCUUCAAACUGACCCUGAAUGUGGCGCAGCCUUUUGGCCCUAAGCUGCACCAGCUGCACAUCACUGCAAAGACAGGAGAAAUUCCAACGGAGAAACAGGGAACGCUUUCACUCUUCGGCGUCCCAGAUGUGGUGACCCGCUCCCGUUCAGCGAUAGCAGUAUGGAAGGCGGAUCUGCACAAGGACUCCUCCCUGCAAACUCUGGUCCUCAACCUCACCCCCCCGGCUGUCACCCCUGUGGGGGAGUGGAUCCUGACUGUGAAACUCGGGGGGGAGGAGAUGCUGCUGGGGAAGCUGGUGGUGCUCUACAACCCCUGGUGUCCCGAUGACUGGGUGUAUCUGAAGGAUGAGAAUGAGAUAAAGGAGUAUGUGAUGAAUGAACAAGGAGUCAUCUACAGAGGCAGUCAAAGACAUAUCUCCCAUGGAGCCUGGGACUUUGGACAGUUUGAGGACAACAUGGUGGCAAUUAGUUUAUUGAUUUUGGACCUUAACCUCAAACACGAGAAAGACCCUGCUGACGAUGUUUCCGCUCGCUGUAACCCCAUCUACGUCAGCCGCGUGGUCAGCGCCAUGAUAAACUCUCAAGAUGACCGGGGGGUCCUGCAGGGGAACUGGGGCACUUCAUAUAUUGGGGGGUAUUCCCCCUCUCACUGGAGUGGCAGUUACCCCAUCCUGCGUCGCUGGUACAACAUCGGUGCACACCCCGUCAAAUAUGGCCAGUGUUGGGUGUUUGCUGGGGUGAUGUGCUCAGUGAUGCGCCUGCUGGGCAUCCCCUGUCGUGUGGUCACCAACUUCUCGUCAGCCCACGACAACAACGCCAAUCUGAUCAUCGACGAGUACCACGCCGACUACGGAGUCGCACCCAAAGCAUCCCAUGACAGCAUUUGGAACUACCACGUGUGGGUGGAGGCGUGGAUGAGGCGCCCUGAUCUUUCAGAGGACGGAGCAUUUGACGGUUGGCAGGUUGUGGAUCCAACACCACAGGAGAAGAGCGAUGGUAUUUUCUGCUGUGGUCCCGCCCCGGUGAAAGCCAUCCUAAAAGGAGAGACAGACCUUAAAUAUGACAUCCCAUUUGUCUUCGCCGAGGUCAACGCCGACUGCAUUGACUGGCUGGUUAAGGCUGAUGGCUCCAAAUUGAAUAUUUACUCUGAGACUGCAAGGGUGGGUCACAAUAUCUCCACCAAGUCUGUCGGCUCCAAGAAGAGGUUGAACAUCACCGACAGUUACAAAUACAGAGAGGGAACAGAGAAGGAGAGGAAGGUCUUUGAUUACGCCCAAUCCAAAAUGGAUGAUGAUGAGGAAAAGAAUGAGGAUGAGGAUGAGAUUGAGGAGGGCGAGGACGAUGAUGAGACGGAGGACAAUGUGGCUGUGGAAGAGACAGAUGACGCUAUCCCGAGUGAUGAGGAGGAAGAUGAUGAGAGUGAAGAGGAGGAGGAGAACGAAGCUGGGAAUGAGACCUCAGACGGUACAGAUGCAGAAACACCGAUCUGCAUACCUCCACCUCCGCCUGUGACCAUGCAGUUUGAAGAGGUGAGCCCACCGAGGAACGGUAAGGAUGUGAGGCUGAAGCUGUUGCUGCGCAGUGAGAGCAGCUCCGUCAGGUCGCUCUCCGUCAACAUCAGCGUCCAGGCGAUGACCUACAACGGCUUCCCGGCCGCGAGCAUCCAGACUGAGGUGAAGGACAAGAUACUGCGGCCCGGGAAAGAUUUGUCUAUCCGGAUCCGAGUCCCAUUCUCGGCCUACCAUAAGCCCAUGUUGGACUGUGACAGCUUGAAGGUUUCAGCCUUGGUGACGGACAAAGAGAGGCCCGACAACACGUACCUGGCUGUGGACGACGUUGUGCUGAUCGACCCCCCCAUCUCCCUCAAGAUGACCAGUUCUGCCAAAGUGAACCGUGCCACAAGAGGAGAGGUGAUCUUCAUGAACCCCGUGGUCACAGAGACGCUCACCAACUGCACUCUGACCCUCUCUGGGAGUGGACUGGUGAAGGAAGAGGUGGAAGUCAAGCUUCCAGACAUAAAGCCAAACAACCGUCUUCGUGUCAACUUCUCCUUCGUUCCCUACAAGCGCGGUAAGAGGACUCUGGUGGCCGACUUCGACUGCUCCACCUUCAGAAACAUCAAGGCCAGCUGCACCGUCAACGUCCGGCCUUCUAGAUUUUAAACUCUUUAUGGAGGUGUUUUCGCUUUGGCUUUAGGGAUCUUCAAAAGUACAACUAUCAACUGUGAAUUUACGUUCACAUGUUUUCUUGCUACUUUCAUGGCGUCAUUUACACUGGGGAUGCUGGGGACACGUCUCCACCACUUUUGGAAAUGGCAGAAAUUGUCCCCACCACUUUGCAUUAGUACAACUUGUUGAAAAUGUUCUGAAAAGAAAUAAUACAAAUUGUAAUAAUAAUACAAAUAAAGUGUAGAAAGAA